GAAACAGGGGGAAAAAAGAGGAAGAGAAAAAAAAACGAAAAAAGAAAGGGGGAGAAAAAGGGAGAGGAGUUGGAAUCACAUGGGCAUUAGUUUGCUGUCUCUGCCCCUGGGUCCUCCCCUUCUCUUCUCCUAAUCCUACUUCUUCAUCUUCUUUGCCUUUUUUUUUUUUCCCUUCUAUCGCCACGCCAUGAUCUCCUCUUACUCUUUCUCCUAUUAGAUCCUUGUUUUUCGUUCUUUGUUUCUUUUUCUUUUUCCCGGUUGCUCGUCAUGGCCGACGAUAAGGAAAUGUCUGCCGCUGUUGUUGAUGGUAACGAUCCGGUCACGGGCCACAUCAUUUCCACAACGAUUGGAGGCAAAAAUGGAGAACCUAAACAGACCAUCAGUUAUAUGGCAGAGCGUGUAGUUGGAACAGGAUCAUUUGGGAUUGUUUUCCAGGCAAAAUGCUUGGAAACAGGAGAGACUGUAGCUAUAAAGAAGGUUUUGCAAGACAGAAGAUAUAAGAACCGUGAACUGCAAUUGAUGCGCGUGCUGGAUCAUCCCAAUGUGAUUUCCUUGAAGCAUUGUUUCUUUUCCACGACAACUAAAAAUGAGCUAUUCCUUAACUUGGUUAUGGAAUAUGUUCCGGAGAGCAUGUAUAGGGUUUUGAAACAUUACAGCAGUGCAAAUCAAAGAAUGCCACUCAUCUACGUGAAACUGUACACAUACCAGAUAUUCAGGGGGCUUGCAUAUCUCCAUAGUGUUGCUGGAGUUUGCCAUAGGGAUUUGAAGCCUCAAAAUCUCUUGGUUGAUCCUCUGACUCACCAGGUUAAGAUUUGUGAUUUUGGAAGUGCAAAAGUGCUUGUCAAAGGUGAAGCUAACAUUUCAUACAUAUGUUCACGUUUCUAUCGGGCUCCAGAACUUAUCUUUGGUGCCACAGAAUACACAACCUCAAUUGAUAUCUGGUCAGCUGGUUGUGUUCUUGCUGAACUUUUGCUGGGCCAGCCAUUGUUUCCUGGAGAGAAUGCAGUGGACCAGCUUGUCGAGAUUAUCAAGGUCCUAGGUACACCCACUAGAGAAGAAAUUCGCUGCAUGAAUCCCAAUUACACAGAUUUUAGGUUUCCACAGAUUAAAGCGCAUCCUUGGCAUAAGGUUUUUCAUAAACGGAUGCCUCCUGAAGCAAUUGAUCUUGCUUCACGCUUGCUGCAAUACUCACCAAGUCUUCGCUGUACAGCGCUUGAAGCAUGCUCGCAUCCCUUCUUUGAUGAGCUUCGAGAACCUAAUGCUCGCCUACCAAAUGGGCGGCCGUUACCGCCACUUUUCAACUUUAAACAGGAAUCAGAUCAUGUGAAACGGCAAAUAGGGCUACAACAUUUCAUGCAUCCAGCUGGGACAUAAAACUUUAAGAGUGAUAUAAGACUUGAUAUCUCCUAGUCGAUGCGUGACACAAAGGAAGUACUAUCUUUGGGUAACCACCAUUGAUCGAGGCCUGUCCAAGCAUCAUUUACUGCUCUUCCACAACGCGUACAGCCUUUGGCAGCUGUAUGGCUGCCUUCUCUUGAUUUUUCUACUUUACCUCUGCCUCCCUUGGUCCUUUAUUCUAUGAGUUUACUCUUUUUUUUUUUUUAUCAAAAUGCCUUUUUUGUUAUGUACAUGUUUGAUAGUAAAGAUAGGCUAAGGUGGACAGACCAGAAAUCUGCUAGUGAAGGAAAAGUUGAGAAGUGUAUUUGUAGCUAGGAAGAAGGUCCCUGAUAGAAUGGCCCGAAGAUAAGGGGUGGGCUAGUUGGUUUUUGUGUUUGGUUACGUGCCUUCGUUCUUUUGUUUUUAGUUAUUGUGGUGGUUUGUGGUGGCUGACUUCAAAUUGCAAACAAUUAUUGUUACUGUUUGUGCAAAAGUAAUGUUAUUGCUCUCUUUCUAGUUUACUA